AUGGCGCAGCCACACGCCGCCCUCGCGGCUUAUAAAAAGGCCCUCGAAUGGCGGGAGUUUUUCAAUGGAGCUGAAUCAACUGCUGUCGCCGAUGCGUGCGACUCGGUUGCCUGCUCGUACACCGAGAUUGGCGAUACCGACAACGCGUUCACGACUAUUGAGGCGAUGACAUACCUACGUGCUGGGAAACCGGACGAAUCACUUGCUGCCAUCGUCAAAUGCUGGCAACUUCAAGGCAAGACGCAACAAGAGAUCGAGAAUUCUCCCUACCCCAAGCAUAGUGGCGAUAUUAUGCUUUUGUCGCGAAUUUAUUGGCUGCAAGGAAAGAAGAAGCAGGCUCAAGAACUGACUUCUCAUGCUCUUAAGAUGCGCAGAGGCACUUUCGGAGAGAACGGGGGACCGCGUGUGGCAGACUCGCUCUUUGCGCUGGCCCGAAUUCUGGAGGACUUUGAGGAAUACGCACACGCCGCACAGCUAUUGAGCCAAAUUGUUGCCAUAAGCGGCAAUACCCCCGACAUGAGGCCACAUCUUGCAAGGGCUUACUGGUUUCUUGCUAACGUGGAAGCAAAGAUUGAUCAGGGGGACAAUCAUGCUGCGGAACUCAGAAAUAAAGCCCGAGAAUCUCGCAAGGCUAUUGACUCUCGUGAGUGGCCGGACGAUGAUACUGACGAAGGGUUUAUGAGAUUAGUAGGAUGGAUGUUAUGGUGA